AUGUGUGUUACUCUUAUCUUCAGAGGCGUUUGUCCCGACUGCGGGAGAACCAGCGGGCCCGACGUGCACUUCGAGAGGCUCUGUGAGGCGGAUAUCCCCUGCACCAGCCGCAACGAGCGACCUCUGCGCCUGCUAUUCAACAACUCGUCGGUUCCGUGUGGUGCCUGCCUGGCCGACCGAUUGGAGCGAGUCCUGACGGCCAAGGAGGACGAAAAUGACGAGGACGAGGACGACGUCGCCGAGACUAAUGACGACGUUUCGGGUGAAAGUCUCAAAGUGCCGGGCACAACGGCGUCGGGGAUUGAUGAACAUGGAACGACAUGGAACACUUUGCGGAAUGACAUGAUGGCUGGACUGGCUGUAGGUUACUUCAGCACGGGAUAA